AUGAGAUCCAAAUUGAUUACAUCGAGUUGCUCUUUAACUUUGUUGAGAAGAACACCAUCUAUUCAGCAGAAUGUUAGCAUGUUGAAUAGAAGUGCUUUGGUUGGAUUCAACAGACAAUUCUCAACACAGAAACCAGAUGAUUCUUACGAUACUGUUGUCAUUGACAGCAAUGACUUGAAGGUUGGAACUCACGAAGCUACCGAUACACCAAGCAACUUACACAUCAGACAUCUCGUCAAUGGUAUCAAGGUAGACGGUAAGACCGUACUCAUCUACAGACCAUCGAGAAUCACAAUGCAAUCCGGUACUCUUCGUACUCGUAAGUGGCGUCUUGAAUUGCCAAUCGUCGACAAGUGGCAUGACGGUCUCAUGGGUUGGUGGGCAUCCGCCGGUACUCUCGGUCAAGUACAAUUGGCCUUCGACUCUGAAGCUGGUGCAAUCAGUUAUUGUAAAGAAAAUGGUUUAAACUAUGAAGUUUUACAAGAAGAUGUUGUUACAACAAAGAAAAAGAGAUACGGUUACAGAUUUUUAUAUAAAGGAGAAUUGGUCAGAGAACAAGAGGAUGAAUCAAAUAUCAAAUAA